AUGACGAACUCACCUCCAGCGUCGCCCGGCACUCUUCCUCCGCGGCCGUUGAGCGCCAUGAUCCGCCCAACGCCCAGGAGCAAUAGCCGCAUGAGCAUGAACAGCAAGACGGGCGGAGGAAGCAGGGCUUCAGAUGAAGACACAAGAACAGCCGUCAAAGUCGCGGUUCGCGUCCGCCCGCCGCUAAGACCUACCGAUCCUGGCUAUGAGCUCAUACCUCAGCGCUUCCAGCGGUCUAUGGUGCAGGUGCAGUCACCCACGAGCCUGUCGAUCGAUUCGCAGCAGGGGCGCAAGCUUUUCGUCUUUGACAGAGUAUUUGGGCCCGAGGUCGACCAGGCGGGAAUAUGGGAGUACUUGGAAGAAUGCGUCAACGCGUUUAUGCAGGGAUACAAUGUCUCGGUUCUCGCCUACGGCCAGUCCGGCGCCGGCAAGUCGUACACAAUGGGCACAUCUGGCCCUGCCGAACAGUAUGACCACGAGGCCAUGGGUGUCGUUCCGCGGGCUGCCACUGCACUCUUUGAGCGGUUAGAGGGUCCCAAGGGAAAUCCCAACAGGGGCUCAAUGUCGCAGUUGCGCACGCCUUCGCGCUACACGACGCAGCCCGCCAGCCUUUCUCGAGGGGAAAAGAACUGGACACUACGCGCGUCCUACGUUGAGAUUUACAACGAGCAGCUACGAGAUCUCCUGACGCCAGACAAUGUCCCUCCGCAUGAGAGAGCCACCGUGGUCAUCCGCGAAGACAUCAAGGGAAACAUUAUUCUUUCCGGCCUGCGCCAGGUCGAGGUCAACUCGGUGGAGGAAUUGAUGAACGUCCUUAAUCAAGGGUCGACGCUCCGCCAGACAGAUGCCACUGCAAUCAAUGCCAGGUCUUCGCGCUCGCAUGCCGUCUUCAGCUUAAACCUGGUGCAAAAGAGGAACAAAUUGCAAACCGCCCAAGGCCCAGAGAAGCGCUUCUCUAUGCCGGUGGAAGCCUUAACAGGCGGGGACAUGCUGGUCACGACCGACAGCAAAAUGCACUUUGUCGAUUUAGCCGGCAGCGAACGCCUCAAGAACACGGGCGCCCAAGGCGAGCGGGCCAAGGAAGGCAUCUCGAUCAACGGGGGCCUCGCGGCGCUGGGCAAAGUCAUUUCGCAGCUGUCGUCGCGCCAUCCGGGGUCGCACGUAUCGUACCGAGACUCGAAGCUGACCCGGCUGCUCCAGGACUCGCUGGGUGGGAAUGCAAUAACAUACAUGAUUGCCUGCGUUACGCCGGCCGAGUUCCACCUCAGUGAGACGCUAAACACGGUACAAUAUGCGCAGAGGGCCCGAGCGAUCCAGAGCAAGCCGCGCAUCCAGCAGGUGGAGGAGGGCGACAAACAGGCCAUUAUCGACCGUUUGAAGGCCGAGGUGGCAUUCCUGCGGGAGCAAAUCCGGAGUGCAGAACGCAGCGGGGGUGACCGCCGUACCCUGGCCCCUGGCGAGAGGUCCGAGCGGCAGAGCGAGCGGGAAGUCGAACUCCAGAACCAGCUGCUGGAUGCUCAAGAAAAUUACACUGCGCUUAGCCAGCGGCAUGCAAAGCUGAUUGCCGAGAUGGCAAAGGCCCGGGACAAUGAAAUGGCCGAGAACCAGGAGCUUGAGGGCGAUAGCGCCACGGAGCGGUUAAACCGCUCCAACAGCUUCGCACAAGCCGUUGAGCAGGUCGUUCUCGAGUACGAGAAGACGAUUCAGUCCCUCGAACACUCCCUGGCCAGUACCCGGGCCACCCUGGCCAUCACCGAAGGGUCGUUACUCGAAAAGGAAACUAAGUGUGCCUAUACCGAGACCAUCAACGGCCAGCUCCAGGCCCGGCUGCAGAAGCUGAUGGAUCGCGAGGCGAGCACCGAGAACUACCUGCAGGAUCUGGAAGCGAAAUUGGACGGGCACACGUCGGGUGAGGAGAAAAAUGCCACCAUCAUCAUGGAACUCCGCAAGGAAAUCGCUCGUGUGCGCGAGAACGAGGCCUCGGCCGAAGACUACAUCUCAACCCUCGAGGAGCGUCUCGCCGAGGCCGAUCAGGAUGCCGAGCUGAUGCAGCGCGAGAUUGACAGGCUGGAGCAAGUAAUUGAGCGGCAGCGUAGCCUCGGGAAGUUGGACUCGCUCCUGUAUGAGCUUGAUAACAUCCAGCAGGAUCCGCCAGCCCUGGAGUCUGAGACAGCACAAAGCAGCGGCGCAAGCCAUCGUCGGUCGAGCAAUCGUAGUUUUACAGACCAUUCUCGCAGUCAGAGCCAUGUCAGCCGCCACAGUCACAUGGAGGAGACCAUCCCAGAGAGCGGGGAGGAGGACAUCCCGGAGGAGAUCGAGGACACGGCCGAGGAACCAAUAGCGAAAGCGACAACACCCAGACCUUCACAUGUCCAACCCGCAGAGAAUCGCGAUACGACCGAUUACGCCGCCAGUCCCGCUCAAUCUAAAUAUGUGGCUGACAAGCUUGAAACGGUUACCCAGGAGCUGCUCGAUCUGCGCGUUGAGCACGAGACUACGCUCAACGAGUACGACCUGCUUCAUGCCAAAUAUGAGGAAUCGCUCCGAGCGCUUGCAGAGUUGCAGGAUGCGAUAGACGAGGCACGGCAUCCCAGCCGGCAACGAGACUCAGUGCUCUCAGUGACUUCACCGAUGCAAACCAGGCCGCCGUCGAUUUUGUCUGAGGCUAGGACCAACGAGACAAAAGACGGCAUCCGACUCUCUUCGCGGUCGCUCUCAUCUGAAUUGUCGUCCGCCAUGGAAUCUCCGGCGACUACCAUGGAAAGCUCCGACGCCGAGACCGCGGUCCCGAGGUCCGAGUCCCAUCUGCACACGCCCGCCGAGGCUGCCAACAGUACCGUGCUGGCUUCCGAGAUCGAGAGGCUAAAGUCGCUUGCCGCGGACAAGGAGUCAGCGGAGAGGGAGCUUGCCGAGCGAUACGCCCAGCUCGAGGAAAAGCACCAACAAACGCUGGACAUGGUUGAGGAGCUGAAGACAGAGGUGGCCAAGGCGCAGGCUGCCAACAGCGAAAGUUCGUCACCAAAGAGCAGCGCUCCGGUCAUUCGCCGCAAGUCCAGCCAGAACGUAAUGAUCAUUGACCGUGCCCACCGGUCGUUUGCGUCGUUGCGAAACAUCGCGGCAGAGAACUUUGAGGAUCAACCAGACGUGAUGCAGAAUUUCGAGCUCAAUCUAAAUGCCGCCAUGCACGAGCUACAUCUCCGUUCAGAGCGAAUCCAGGAGCUCGAAGCGGAUGUCGCUUCGGCUAAGAAGGAGAUGGAGACCAAAAUGACCAUUAUUUCAGGAUUAACCCGUGAACGGUCUAGCUUGAAGGCAGCCUCGCCUAUGGAUAUGUCCGUAGUGUCCAAUCUUCGGGAGCAGCUGGAACAGAGCGAGAAACGGAUCAGGGAACUGCAAGAAGCGCAAACAGCUCGCGAAAGAGAACUGGAAGCCCAGCUGGCCGAGCUACAAGCGGCCCUGACGCAGGCUGAUGUUGCGGCAAAGGAGUCCGCCCAGACGGCUGCUGAUGGUUCCUUGGCUGAGAUAGAGCUUCGCGAGAAGAAGAUCUCGGAGCUCGAAGCCGAACUUGCGAAUUGGGAAGAACGACACAGCACGGCGGUACAGAGCAUGCAAGAGUCUGAAGACCAAAUGAAGAAGACAAUCGGUGAACUCGAAGCCCAGGUCGCUACCGUAACCGCGCAGCUCGCCGAGGCCGAGCAGAAGAAGCCAGAAGAGGACGAGGCUGCCAAAGAAGCCGAGCUCAAACAGAGGAAGUUGAUCGACUUUUUGAGGAGCGAGAUCGACGAGUACAAGAAUAUCAUCAACAGCAACCAAUCCAGAGUCACCGAGGUCGAACAACAACACGCCGCAACCAAGAGGCUGCUGGAAUUGGCUACCAGCGACCGUGACCAGGCUUCUUCUGAGGUAGAAGCCCAGAAGGAAUUGAUUGCCAAGCUGGAAGCUCAAAUCGCGGACCACGAGCAAACAAAGGAGUUGGUUGCUAAGCUGGAGGCUCAAAUCGCGGACCACGAGCAAACCAUCAAGGCUCACCAGGAGAGUCUUCACGAGCUCCAGUCGAAGCAUGCCCAGGAUGUAGAAGAUAUCGUGUCCUCCUCGAAACAAGAUUUUGAGUCGCAGCUGGCGGCUCUCAAGGACGAGCAUGCUCGCCGUAUCGAGCAGCUUGAGGGUGACCUAACCGAAGCCCGCGAAGACCUCAUGAACGUCGCCACGCAGGUCGCGUUUGGGCUCGGUCUGGAUGUUAGCGUCGAGAAGAUUAAUGAGCGCAUUGAAGAUCUGGUUGCCAGCCAGAAGGCCCUGGUGCAGGAGCGCGAAAGGAGAUCAGAGCUCGAGCGUCACGUGGUUGACUUGUCUGGUAUCAAUGACACGAUCAUGCGCGACCUUGAAACCGUCAGGGCAAGCCUGGCUGAGGUCAUCGCCUCCGAGGGCGAAAAUCCAAAGAACCAAUUCCCGGUCCAAGAGCAAGUUGCCCUGGUCAAGAAGAAGGUGGUGGAUCUGGAGACCAAGAACAAGAAGAAUUCUCGCCUUGUCGAGGAGCUCGAGGACCAGCUGCAGAGCAACUACGACCAGGUGCAGGCUACCAGCAACCGCCUGUCCACUCUGCAGAUGGAGCGGAAUGCCCAGCUGGAGGAGGCAAACGCGGCCAGGCACAAGCUGCAGACAGAGCUUGACGCCAUCAGGGAGGAGUACGCCUCUCUCCAAGCAAAAUACGAGGCAAUCCUUUCUGGCGAGAGCGUUCUUCCCAACGAAGGUCCCCAACGCACCAACUCGGUUGGCAACCAAGUCCGCAAGAGCAACUCAGUUGCAUCCCUCCCCUCGCCGCCGCCGGCAAUCCCCCUGCCUCCUCUCCCCAACGGCAGCUCGGGCGCGUCCAACCCGGGCACGGUAUCCCCGACCGGGGCGCGGCCGCCGAGCAAGGACAUUGGUGGCAUGGCGGCCGCCGCGAAAAUGUCGCAGAUCCAAGAGGACCAGGAGGCGCGGAUCCGGCUCAUCGAGAAGCACCUCAAUGCCGAGAAGCAGCUCACGGCAACCCUCGAGGAGGCGCUGGCGGACCUGGAGCAGCAGCACAUUGCGAUCCGGACCGACUGCGACGCCUGGCGCCGCAAGGCGGCCGAGCUCGAGGCCGAGCUCAAGGAGCUGAAGGAGAAGCCCCUGCAGGACAACCGGUGGAGCCUCCAGCAGGUCGAGGAGGAGCGGCGCAAGCGCAAGGACGCCGAGAUUGCGCGCGCCCACCUCGAGGAGCGGAUGGCUACUAUCAGCAAGAGCAAGAAGAAGAAGGGGAGUCUGAACUGCUUUUGA